AUGGCGAACACAAUACCGGCAUGUUAUGAGGUAUCUGUGCUUAAUCCUAGUCGAAUCUGGCAAACUGAUAACGUCCUAAAAUCGGAGCUCCCUAUUCUCGCCUUUCAAAUUGUCUUCACUGUUGCAUUGUCUCGUCUUUUCUUCUUUAUCUAUAAACCUCUCCAUCAACCUCGUCUUAUUUCACAAAUCUCUGUUGGUUUCCUACUAACUCCACCGUUACUUGGGAGAUAUACAGCAAUUUUUGAGUUCAUAUUUCCUGUAAAUGGGGUUCUUAAUGUCGAAGUCCUUUCACACAUUGGCCUGAUCUACUAUGCAUUCCUCAGUGGUUUGGAAGUGAACUUAGAUACCAUUCUACAAGUAAAAAAGAAGCCUGCAAGCAUCGCGGCUGCCGGGAUCAUCUUUCCCAUGGUGAUGGCACCAGGCUUGUAUGCUCUACAUCGAAAAUUUUACGACAAUAAGGCGGCAAAUCAGCUUGAAGAAAGUACAAGUAAUGCUUAUUUACUUUGGACUUUAGUUCUUACUGUUACAGGUUUUCCUGUCGUAGCUCACACACUUUCUGAGCUCAAACUCCUUUAUACUGGUCUUGGCAAAGCCGCCUUAACAGCAGCCAUGAUCAGUGAAACCUAUGGUUGGAUUCUUUUCACUUUACUGGUUCCAUUUUCAAUUAAUGGUAAAAUAGCUGUCUACUCGGUGUUAAGCACUAUAUUAUUCAUUGUUGUCUGCAUCUUUGUGUUACGUCCCAUCUUUCUCCGACUUAUUGAUCGCAAGACAGACAAGGAGGAGUUGGAUGAUAAGCAGUCACUCUUUGUGCUUAUGGGGGUUUUAGCUUGUUCAUACAUUACAGAUAUUCUAGGCACACAUGGCAUUGUUGGGGCUUUUGUAUACGGAUUAAUUUUGCCUCAUGGGAGAUUUGCUGAGUUUAUCAUGUCAAUUUCUGAUGAUUUUGCUUGUGGGUUUCUAGCACCGCUCUUCUUUAGUGGCAAUGGAAUGAGACUUAUGUUGACCAGCAUUUUUUACCAGGCCCAUUGGCCCUUAACACUGCUGAUUGUACUCUUGUUGUGUGUUCCAAAAAUUUUAAGCACUUUAUUUGCCACUUUCUUCUUUGGUAUGCGCACUCGAGAUGGUUUAGCUUUAGGCUUGCUUCUGAAUACGAAGGGCGCCAUGGCACUAAUAAUGCUAAACAUUGCUUGGGAUCGAGCGAUUGUUUCUAUACCAACCUAUGCCGUUAUUACUUCUGCUGUUCUUUUAAUGACUGUAGUAGUGUCUCCUAUCAUCAACGCCAUCUACAAACCAAGAAAGAGAUUUGAGCAGAACAAACUAAAGACUAUACAAAAACUAAGACUUGAUGCAGAGCUUCGAAUUCAAGCAUGUGUCCACAAUACUCGCCAAGCCACAGGCAUGAUCAGCAUAAUCGAAUCUUUUAAUGCCACCAGACUUUCCCCUAUACACGUUUUUGCCCUGUACCUUACUGAACUUACUGGACGUGCUGUUGCCCUUCUUGCUGCACAUAUGGAGAAGCCUAGUAGCCAACCCGGAGUACAAAAUCUCACCAAAUCAGAGGCAGAGUUACAAAGCAUUGCCAAUGCCUUUGAUGCAUUUGGAGAGGCACAUGACGCUGUCAGACUUGAGACCUUAAAUGUGGUGUCAGCCUAUGCAACCAUUCAUGAGGACAUACACAACUCUGCAAAUGAGAAACGCACAAGCUUAAUCCUCCUUCCAUUCCACAAACAAUUAAGUUCAGAAGGUGCGCUUGAAGUAACCAGUGUUGUAUACAAAGAUAUAAACCAAAAUGUAAUGCAACAUGCACCUUGCUCUGUGGGAAUCUUUGUUGAUCGUGAUUUUGGGUCAAUUCCCAAAAUGAACCUUCGUAUUCUUAUGCCCUUUGUUGGGGGACCUGAUGACCGUGAAGCUUUGGCUAUUGCGUGGAGGAUGGCAGGACAUCCAGGAAUUCACCUAUCAGUGGUUCGAAUUAUUUUGUUUGAUGAAGCAACAGAAGUAGAUACUUCAAUUGAAGCUGAAGCACAAGGAAUAUUAUCUACUGUAGUGGAUAGUGAGAAGCAGAAAGAGUUAGAUGACGAGUAUAUAAGUUCAUUUAGACUUACGGCAGUGAACAAUGAUGAUUCUAUAACCUUCUCAGAGAUUGAUGCCCAUGCUGAUGAAGAUAUCCCCGCAAUCCUUAAUGAGCUAGAAAAAAAUGGUUGUGAUUUAUACAUAGUUGGACAAGGGAAUUGUAGGAAUUCUCGGGUCUUCUCAAAUUUGUUAAAAUGGUGUGAUUGUCCAGAACUAGGAGUUAUAGGGGAUAUUUUGGCAUCAAAUGAUUUUGGUUCGCGCUCAUCUUUGCUAGUUGUUCAACAGUAUGGGUAUGGAGGAAUGGUCUUUGGAAAGAAUCUCAACCAAGUAACCACCAAUAAUGUUGGCUUUGAGUCGCUUGUCGUGAAGACAGAAUAAGCAUUAGGAUUGGUAAGGAACUUACAUUUAUACAAGAUCCUAGUUAAGUUUGCUUACGAAGAUUCGAGAA